UCUUUCUUGCAGCUUGAUGGAAAUGUAGAGAGCUCUGUCUAAUCACAGGCAUAGGAAAAGGAAAUUGUUGUAAGUGCAUCCUCAUCUGCGCUCGCACACACACACACACACACAAGUUUUUCCUCUGGGCUGGAAACAGUAUUUUCAUCUCUCAUUGAACAUAUUCACCGUGGGUAGAGAAGCAGCUGAUUAAAGUCCAGAGACUUUUGGAUUAACUCUUUCUACUUGUACUCCAAUUCUAAAGCCUAGGUGAACGUCCUACCAAACCAGUGACACUCUUUUCAUACACUGGUGACUUUAUUUCCUUUUUUGUUGUUGUUAUUUUUACUUGUUGUUUAACUUUCCUUUCCUGGGAAUAAUACUAUCUGGCAAGAUAUUUUACUACUGCGGUCUUCCAUUCUCUGCGGAGGGGAAAGCUGGAAAUGAAGAGAGUUGUCUGUGUGUUCUUCUGCAUAUGGCUUAUCACUAUUGAUACAACAGAUCUGGUGCGUGGAUAUUCUAUGACUCCACCUACACUUAACAUCACAGAGAGUGAAUUUGUCAUCAAUUCAAAUGAUACAUUAACCAUCAGCUGCAGGGGACAGAGGCCCCUGCAGUGGUCUUGGCCAGGGGGCUUCACAGACACAGAUACCAAGGACAAGGACUCUAAAGGCACUAUACAUUUCAGUGAUACACGCAGCAUGACUGAGGAAGACUGCGAGGGAAUUCCUAGCAAACCUUACUGCAAGGUGUUCCGACUGACAGGAGCUCAGGCUAACGACACAGGCUCUUACUGGUGCCACUACAAAUUUAUUAAUGUCAGGAUCAAAGGGACCACAGCUGCCAGCGUCCAUGUCUUUGUAAGAGACUGGAAGCAGCCAUUUAUAAACACUCUUGGGGCACUUCUGGUGUAUAAGGAGAAAACUAGAGUUCCAUGUCUUGUGUCAAUUCCAGACCUCAAUGUUACACUCCACAUGCAAGGCUCAGAUAUAAUUCCAGAUGGAAAAAGUGUUACAUGGGACAACAAGGAAGGGAUUUUAGUCCCUACAGACUGGAUUAGAGACUCCCUCUUUCUAUACUGUGAGACAGUAGUUGAAGGACAAGUCUUCAAAUCAAGCUACUUCCUUGUCCAUUUAACAGGAAGUCAAUUUUAUGGCAUGCACCUCUACCCUAAGAAUACAGAGUUGCUGGUAGGAGAUCAGCUAAUAUUGAACUGCACCGUGACAGCUGAAUUCAAUACACCAGUCAACUUUAAUUGGGAUUAUCCUGGUAAAGAGGUUAAUCGGUUUGUGUUUGAACACUCAGAUCGUCAGCCACAGCAAGAUCAUACGGAGAUGUACAGCACGCUUAUUGUACCGAGUGUGAGCCCGAUGGACCUAGGAACAUAUGUGUGCCAUGCAAUGAGCGAGGCAUGGCACUACAAGGAGAGCAGUGAGGUCAUUGUUCACGAAAAGCCAUUCAUCACUCUGGAGACAAAGGACUAUUCAGUCACUGAAGCCACAGCUGGAGACAAGAUAGCAAAAUUGUUGAUUAAAGUUUCUGCUUACCCCCAGCCCUCAUUCCAAUGGUAUAAAGAUGGGAAGCUGAUACCUGUUAGUACCAUUUACAGCAAAUAUCGUCAGUCCCAGCACACCCUGCAGAUUAGGGACGUCACAGAGCAAGAUGCCGGCAUUUACAGACUGGUGCUGAGAAAUGAGCAGGCUGACCUGGAAGAACAAAUCAGCCUGAGACUGGUGGUAAAUGUACCCCCACGGAUCCAUGAAAAGGAGACUUCCUCACCAAGUAUAUAUGCCCAGGGUAGUCGACACACUCUUACUUGCACAGUGUUUGGUGUUCCAGCUCCAGCAUCUGUUCAGUGGCUCUGGAGGCCUUGGACUCCAUGCAAGAUGUAUACACGCCGCAGUGUAACCAGACAAAGGUCUUCCCGUAGGCAUCAGCGCGACAGAAUGCCUGAGUGCAAGGACUGGAGGGAGGUAACCCAAGAGGGAGCUGUGAAUAGCAUUGAAACCAUUGAGACUUGGAGCGAGUAUGUGGAAGGACGGAACAAGACUGUUAGCAAGCUAGUGAUUCAACAAGCCAACCUCUCCAUCAUGUACAAAUGUUCUGCUUUCAACAAAGCAGGGCGAGAUGAGCGGCUGAUUUACUUUUAUGUUACAACAAUCCCUGAUGGCUUCCGCAUAGAGCCACAGCCUUCAGAAGAGCCAAUUGAAGGGCAGAAUGUCAGCCUGAGUUGCCAUGCAGAUAGCUACACCUAUGAGAACCUUCAGUGGUAUCGACUCAACCUCCUAACUCUUCAUGAUGCCGAGGGGAACCCACUUGUACUAGAUUGCAAAAAUGUGCAUCAAUAUGCAGCUCGCAUAGAAGGGCAAUUGCAACAUCAGCCUGGUUCAAAUAGUGCUGCCCUUGUUCUCAACAUACCGAAUAUCUCUCUAGAAGAGGAGGGUGAUUAUGUUUGUGAAGUGCAGAAUCGCAAGACUCGGGAAAAACAUUGCCAAAAGAAAUAUAUAUCUGUACUGGCACAGGAAGCUCCAUAUCUGCUUCAGAACUUAACUGAUAAGAUAGUGAACGUUAGUGAUUCCAUGUUGAUGCGAUGUCUGGCUGAUGGAACCCCUAGUCCUCGUAUCAUGUGGUACAAGGACAACAAGUUAGUUGAAGAGGUCUCAGGAAUUGUCCUUGGAGAGUUGAAUCAGACACUAAGCAUUCAGAGAGUUCGAGAAGAGGAUGCUGGGAUGUAUUUUUGCAAGGCAUGCAAUGGAAAGGGCUGUGUAAACUCUUCCGCCAGCGUAUCUGUUGAAGGUAUAGAUGACAAGACAAAUGUCGAGAUUGUCAUUCUCAUAGGUACUGGGGUCAUUGCUGUUUUCUUCUGGAUUCUCCUUAUACUGAUUUUCUGUAACAUCAAGAGGCCUAAUCAUAGUGACAUAAAGACUGGCUAUCUCUCCAUUAUCAUGGACCCUGGUGAAGUCCCCCUAGAAGAACAAUGUGAAUAUCUUCCAUAUGACUCCACAAAAUGGGAGUUUCCUCGGGACAGGCUGAGACUUGGAAAAGUCCUGGGUCGUGGAGCAUUUGGUAAAGUGGUGGAGGCCUCUGCUUUUGGGAUCAGUAAAAGCAGCAGCUGUGAAACAGUAGCAGUGAAAAUGCUGAAAGAGGGAGCCACUGCUAGUGAGCACAAAGCGCUGAUGUCUGAACUGAAGAUUCUCAUUCACAUUGGAAACCACCUUAAUGUAGUAAACUUGCUGGGUGCAUGCACCAAAUCCAAUGAACCCUUGAUGGUAAUAGUAGAAUUUUGUAAAUAUGGGAAUCUCUCAAAUUAUUUACGAACCAAGAGAGACGGAUUCAUUCCUUGCCGUGAGAGAUCACCUCGAACUCGCAGUGAGGUCCGAUCAAUGGUGGAAGCAGUAAUAGCUGACAGAAGGAGCAGCGAAGGAAUUGAUGAAGGCACUCUUUUUAGCAGACUCCGGAUGACUAAGAACCAGAGAACCAGAGAGUUGAAAGACUUAUGGCAGAGUCCUUUAACUAUGGAAGAUCUGAUCUGUUAUAGCUUCCAGGUGGCCCGCGGGAUGGAGUUCCUCGCAUCACGAAAGUGUAUUCACAGAGAUCUGGCAGCUCGGAAUAUCCUGCUCUCAGAGAACAAUGUGGUGAAAAUCUGUGACUUUGGUUUGGCCAGAGAUAUUUACAAAGACCCUGAUUAUGUCCGCAAAGGAAGUGCACGUCUGCCGCUGAAGUGGAUGGCACCAGAGAGCAUUUUUGAUAAAGUGUAUACAACUCAGAGUGAUGUCUGGUCCUUUGGGGUACUGCUGUGGGAAAUCUUCUCUCUGGGGGCUUCUCCUUACCCUGGUGUCCAAAUUAAUGAAGAGUUUUGCCAGCGGCUGAAGGAAGGCACACGUAUGCGAGCACCAGAAUAUGCUACAGCUCAAAUUUACCGAAUCAUGCUGAGCUGCUGGCAUGGGGAUCCCAAGGAACGGCCAACAUUUACUGACCUAGUGGAGAUCCUUGGUGACCUUCUUCAGGAGAAUGUACAACAGGAAGGAAAAGACUAUAUCCCCCUGAAUGAUUCACAAAGCUCUGAAGAUAUGGAAACCUCACAAGCCCCCAUCUACCCUCAGCAUAUCUCUGAUGAGGAAGAAUGUGACAUGAGGCUGCACUGCCACAAUAUAGCUGUAAGAUACUAUAACUGUGUAUCAUUUCCUGGAUGUUUCACUGGGGGCAACCAGAUCCGCUGCCCUUCACAGCUCAAAACCUUUGAGGAGUUUCCCAUGACAAGCAUGGCUUAUAAAAGUCACCAAGACAGUCAGACAGACAGUGGGAUGGUGCUGGCAUCGGAAGAACUGGAAAGGAUAGAGAAAGAGCACAGAACAGGAGGAGGACACAGCAGUAAAGGGUCUUGGAGAAAUAAGGACAUGCCACCAGAACACUCGUCCCCAUACCACAGAAGUCAGGCUUCAUAUCCACCUCAAACUGGGGGCCAGACAUUUUACAACAGUGAAUAUGGGGAGCUCUCAGAACUCUCAGAGGGGGACAGCUAUACUCCCCCGGGGGGUUGUGCCAGUCCGGGGCUCAUCCAUGCAUCAUUCUUUUCAGAUGAAAACUAAGGACUUCUUAGACAAGGAGAGGUCCUGAAUAUAUUUGUAGGCCUUUCUGUUCCCUAAAUAUACACUACAUACAACAAACUGAAGGGGUAACAAAAGGGUUUCAACCCCCAAAAAGGCGGAGACAGAGACUCUGGACUACUCUGCUGUUAGCAGCCACUGGACAUGUGCUGAAGGGAUAAGAGGAUACAGUGGACUUUAUCCUCACAUUUGAGAAUCUUUGGAGGGAAAAAAAGUGUUUUAUCCCAUCACCAUUGCCAUCUGGCUACCAAAAAAAGGACACAGCUUUUUCAUAACAUAAUGACACAAAACCAUUGUUCCUAUAAGUGACGGACCACAUACCCAUUACAGGAAUUAUCUGUUUCGUCCCCUGACAUGUCCAGUUGAAUAUUACAAAUGGAAAAUAAUAAAAUCAGGUUUAACCCUUUUCAUGCUGGCCUAUGCACAUAGCCGUUACAAUCUAAUAGUACUUAAAGGAUUAAAUAACCCAUUAAGACCAACCUCUGGCAAUGGUUAAUAAAAUAGUUCACAACUGCAGUACGCUUUCCUCCCAGCAGAGGCAGUGUUUUCAGCAUUCUUCUGUUGCCUAGAAAGUUAUGUGUAAGUUGUGACCUCUCACUGACAUUCCAUAUAUUAAAUAAUGAAUUCAACAGCCCGAUUUUUCUUUCAAUGUGGAAACUACGUUAACAAUAAACACAAAAAAAGAGGAUGUGGUGUGUACCAUACAGCUGCAAUGCUGACAUUUGUUUUGUUAAAUAGAUACCUUUUUAUAUAUAUAUAUAAAUAUAUAU